GUACGGUCAGCUGACGUCACCGCCACGCUUCCCAGCAGCAAAGCGGUGCCGCGAGCUGCGCAGCCGCCCUGCGCAUCCGCCAGCUGAGCUGAGAGGUGGACGGCGCAGCCAUUUCUCCGCCGGCCGCUGGAAAACCAAACCCGCACAGAGCGCCGCUGCCCCGCCGCGCACGCAGCUGAGCGGGACGCGCAGGAGCCAGACGCCGCGGCGGCGUCACUUCAGGCUUAGGCGUGCUUCACCGAUCAUCAGCAGCGAUCUCCAAACUUUCUCCCCCCGUCAAACGCCUGCGCAGACAAAACGCGCGCAGAAUUCUAUAUUUUUUUUAUGUUGUUUAUUAUUUUUUAUUUUAUUUUUUGCUGCAACAGCCAUGGAUGCGAACCUGCACGGAGGCGGCGCCGACGUCUCAUCGAUGCAUGUGAAAACCGAAGCCGGGGAUGAAAGCUCAUCUGCGCUGGGUUUGGGCAGUCAGGAGGCGCCUGCGCCCUGCGGAGAUGCCGCAUGCAGAGCAGCAGCAGCAGCAGGAGGAGGAGGAGGAGGAGGAGGAGGAGGAGGAGUGCAACAGACUGCGGAGGAACUGACUGACACGGAGCUGCAGGCCAACACCUCCGCUCCCUCUGUUCUGCUGUACCCUGUGAGCACAGAUCGGUUCUUCACAUCGUCAGCUGAUGGGAAAACCUACCUGAAGAUUGCCCCAGCUGCAGUGCUGCCACCUGCUCCCUCAGACAAGACGCUCUCCUCUGGCUCGGAUUUCUCCUCCAAAGCCGUCCUGUGUCUGAUAGAGGCGGUCGGCCGCCGCUGGGGCCUCUACGAGACUCGGGAACGCUCCCAGCUCUUCCAGAGCGUCCAGGAAGAGAUGGCCUCAAAGGGCCACGUCCUUCCUGUCGAAAAAAUCCGCCGCAAGUGGAACAACCUCAUUGUCACGUACAAGAGGGUCAAGGAUCGCAGCCGGGAGACGGGACAUGCCAAAACGUCCUGGGAGUUCUUUGACCUCAUGGAUGCCACACUCUGUGACACUAUUGGCUCGCAGAUCAUUAGUAACAAAAGGAACAAAGGUAGCAGUACAGCUUCUUCGCUGGCCAUUCUUUCAACAAAGAUCGCUGCCAAACCGGCAACCACCAUCGUCCGUCCAAAUGGGGACUUUGUCGCAGCCGGUGGUCUGGAUCCCGCCGGUCUGGCGGCGGCCACCAGCCAAAUCAUGAGUAGCGCCACUGCCAGUCCCUCGCAGAGCGCAACAGCAGUUACCCUUGGAAAUACCCCAGAGGUCAAGCCUGUCAUUGUCCUUAACGGUGACAUUGUUGCUACAGGCAUUCAGCCGGCAACCGUUGUACCGUCUCCAUCGUUUAUCUCUUCUCCAUGUUUCACUGAAACAGCGCCCGUUUCUUCCUCACUCUGCUCCGCCACCGGCACAGACCCAGGCCCGUCGGCCUACAAAAGCCGAAAAGCGUCCGCCUUCACGUCCGGCGUCACGCCCUACUGCCUCGGUACGACCCCGCUUGGCCACGCUCAGAACAUCCUUGGCCUCUCUCCGUGCCCCGCGGCCUCUUCCUGUCACACCACCUCCAGCACCGCUUCGCUGUCGACGCACGCGGUGGCAGGAACAGAGGGGCAGAACCAGAAGGGAAGCAAGGAGCAAAGCGGCAUCGCGCUGUUCCAGGAGAUCAUGAAGCGGCAGGAGGAGCAGGGCUACCUGGACCGGGUGGCUCGGCGCAGGGUGGAGGCCAGGGAGAAGAGGCGUGAGAGGAGGGAGGUGCGGAUGUCAGAGUCCCUGGGAAGGAUAGCCACAGCGUUGGAGCUGCUCUCCUCCAAACAGGACACAGUCAUUGCGCUCCUGCAGAGACUGGCCGAUCGGAAAUGAUGAGCUUUAAGAAAGGAAAAUUGUCUCAUCACAUUUUGAUCCCACUUUAAAAUCGUGCUUUAUAAAGAGUUCUUAUAUUCAUAUAGUGAAGUAGCACAUUAUCCGGAACAGGUUUCACUAUGAAAAAGAGCUUCAUUCAAGCUAUAAAUCUGUGGUGUCGUGUGCUUAAUAUUUCAGUUUGUUGCAUUUACAUGUCGAGUGAAAACUAUGUACAGAUGCUGGUCGUAUAAUUAGAACAUCUUGAAAAAGUUCUGUUCAAAAAGUAAAACUUGUGUGUCAUAUUCAUUCAUUACACACAGACUGAU